AUGGAGUUGAACUCGGAGCGUGUGGUGGCAACACUGGACAUGUCUCAGACCAAAAACACAGACGCGGAGGCUUUUAAUAGUGACGGCGAGUAUGAGAGCUUGCCACCUCAUGCCUCGGUGACGACCCACAUGACAGCGGGAGCCGUGGCUGGCAUACUGGAGCACACGGUGAUGUACCCCGUGGACUCCGUCAAGACGAGGAUGCAGAGUCUGCAGCCAGACCCAAAUGCACAGUACAGGAAUGUGUACGAAGCCCUGAAAAGGAUCAUUCAGACAGAGGGUGUCUUCAGACCCCUGAGAGGCAUCAACAUCACCAUGAUGGGAGCAGGGCCUGCCCACGCACUCUAUUUCGCCUGCUAUGAACGAGUCAAACGCUCACUAAGUGACAUCAUUCAGAACGGCGGUAACAGCCAUGUAGCCAAUGGUCUGGCAGGUAGUGUGGCCACUGUUCUUCAUGAUGCAGUCAUGAAUCCAGCUGAAGUGGUAAAGCAGAGGAUGCAAAUGUACAACUCCCCGUACCGAGGACUAUGGGACUGUGUCCAAACAGUAACGCGCACUGAAGGCAUCGGAGCUUUCUACCGCAGCUACAGCACACAGCUGACCAUGAACAUUCCUUUCCAGGCCGUUCACUUCAUCACCUACGAGCUGAUGCAGGAACAGCUGAACCCCCAGAGACAUUACAACCCCAGCAGCCACAUAGUGUCUGGAGCAGCAGCCGGAGCCGUUUCUGCAGCGAUCACCACUCCGCUCGAUGUUUGUAAAACCUUGCUCAACACACAGGAGAACGUAGCGCUCAACUCCAUGAACAUCAGCGGCCACUUAACAGGAAUGGCUAAUGCCUUCAGGACAGUGUACCGGCUCGGUGGUCUGCCAGCCUUUUUUAAAGGGGUCCAAGCUAGGAUUAUAUACCAGAUGCCCUCCACCGCCAUUGCGUGGUCAGUGUACGAGUUCUUCAAGUACUUCCUGACGAAACAGCAGCUUGAACAUGAGGCUGGACCGGGCCCACUGUGAGGGAAAGUGUCCUGAAUUUACCCACACCUAGAGUGACGACAGCGACGGUGUGUGAGACCAACUUGUUUUUGAAAAAAAAAAACACUUUGAUCAUGUCGUGGCAGAGAAUCACAGUUCUCACUUUGACUCUAAUGACUCAAGACCGAGUCUGGGAAUCUUUUUAAAUUAGGAUGAUGUUGUACAACCAGGAUAUGCAAGAGAGAUGCGGAUUUCUUUUUUUUUUUUUUUUUUUUUUUUUAAAGAACGUGUAGAAGAGUGCCUUCAUAUGCAUCUUCCUCUUCCACUCCACAGAAAACUGCAUCUCGCCAAACCCUUCCCUAACUGUACUGACCAUAUAAUUAACUUGUCUUGAAUGAUGUUUAUAGUUCUGAAUAUUUGAACUUUUUAUUUAUUUUAUUGGCUUCCUAAAAGUUGUAUUUUACGGAUGUGGAAGAGACAGCAUUGUUUGUUUUAUUCCAUGGUGUAUUUAUAAAGAAUAACGCCAUCACAUUCCUGACUUCUACUGCUCGGCAGGCAGGACAGUGGCGUUUCUUUUAAGUGCCUCAUAAAUAUUAAACACUGCUUCACAUUUCCAUUUUUUUUGCUCACAUUUUUAUAUAUGCCAAGUUCACUAUCAAGUAUCGACCACGGGUUCAAUUCUGUUAGAAGAUGAAAUCUUAUAGUUUUGUUUUAAUGUCUCAAGCCUGAGCUGACUAAACAGAAUACAUGUGUGUUUCUUUGGCUUUAAGUGUCAGAUAUUUUCCCUGUGAGGGACCACAGUCUCACUAUCGGAGUGUGUAGGCCUGACGGCCCAGUUUUUUGGUUGUUAAAGCUCAUUGCUACAGUGAACCUGAAUCACGCACAAUAAGCAGCUAGUGUUGUUGAUAGUGGCCAUGUUACAGCCUUGAGGUUGGGGUCAUGCUUUGUUUAUGUGUCACUUUGACGUACAGUAAGAAUGGAAAGAAAGGUAUAGGAACCCUUUGGAAAGACCUGUUUUUCACCAUUGAUUGGGUGUGAAAUGUCACUUAGCCGGGUACAUUAAACACUGUCUUUAUCUUUGAUCUGUGAUCAACAUCUGACUCACUCCAUUCAGGGCUUCUCCAAAAAUGAAAUUGUUAAUAUUGGUGUAAUUCAAAGUUCAUACAAAGACAAUGGUCACAUGUCUUUACAUAAAAUACAUGUUUAGCAAAUUAUCAAGCUUAUAUGCAGCUGCAGGUUCAGGGAGGUUGUUUUUCUCCCUCUUAUGUUUGCUAAAAUUAAGGUUUCAACUAAAAGUACAAACUUUUAGUUGUCCAAAAUGUACCAUCAUGUGAUGUUGGACCCUUUCUGGUGUUACAACAAAUCCAGUAUCAGCCAGGUCACAUCAGCGGGGGAGCUACGCAGGCAGCCCUAUUUCUUUUACUUCGCUCUUCCUGUUGUAGUUCCAUAUUUCCUGUGUGCUCUGCUCUCUUCAGCCUUUUGUCUAUUUUUGAUUCAAUAGUCAAGACAUUCCACCAGAUAUUGAUGUAAUCGAGUAAACAUACAGCUUUAUUUGAUUAAGUUUUUUUCUCUUAUUUUUUUUUUUUGUUAUUUUGGUUCAGCGAGUUCAACAGUUUCCAGUGAUCUCACAGCCCCAUUAGCAGCAAAUUCAUGUUUGUACGCUAAGGUAAUUAUUGAUAUACCAAAGAUAUGCAUUUAACUCGGUGUUGCUUACUAAUUCAGAUGUUUUUAUAGUGUUGUGUAUGUGGAUUGUUCCACAUUUUUCCCAUAGUUUCCACUUAGUGAAUUCUUUAUCUUCCAGUUCACUCUAAGGCUUUUUAUUUAUGUUUAGAGCUUCUGUAUGCUUUUAAUUUACUUCAAUGCAGAUCUGUGAAGAAAAGCAGCUGUGUUAAUUAAGCCAGUCAUAUUAAUCGUCUUUUUUUCUUUCUUUUUCUAUUUCUUUCUAUUUAAAUUGCUCUUUUGAAAUGUUGAUUCAUAGACAUAACUCAUUAUCCCUAAAGCACCUUUGUCCAAAAAUGUUUUCCUAUAGAUGCAUACAUAAAAAAAAACUAAAGAGGGGAGCAGAUAUUCUCAUAUUUUAUGUGGGGGGUUUUGUAAUAUAAAUAUUUAUGCUGCUUACGCACAAAUGAUUGAAAUGGGACUGUCCUGUUUAGUGCUCUUAAGUUUAUCUGUGCAACUAUGAAAUGAUUGUAAUAAUGCUGCUACAGGAACACUGGAGCUGAAAUAAACAUGCAACUGAG